ACACUGGAAUUGGGAGGUGAAAACUCCGAUACAAAGGCUAACUUACUACACCCUAGGUCACUUCAAUUCUAUUCUUGUGGGUAAAUAAAGGGGGUAUUUAACGGGACAUAAUAGACACUUUGAUAUUAAGUUAAUAUAAAUUAAUAAUUUCCAUUAUUUUUAAACACUUCUCCAUAUAAUUGCUAUACAAUCUUUAACUAUAUCACUAUGUCUAUGGAUAGAACUUUGAAUAAUUUCACCGAUUCAAACUCCACAUUUAAAACCAAUAAUAUAAGUGAAACUAUCUUAGAUUUAGGGUUAACACCAUAUCCAGCUCUUGCAUUAGGAUCUUCAUUACUUUUCAGAGGGUUGACUCAUAAACCUAAGAUUGCCCCUCCAUCUCAGCAAGUAUAUAAGAAAGUAGCUCAAGCUAUUGCCAGACCUACACCAAAAACAUGUUUUUCAUUUGGUGCUAUUAAUCUAUUAGGAGCUUGGUUAGUUUAUGAUGGAGAUGAAAUAAAUGGAGCAGAAUUCAAUUGUGUAUGGUCAUCAAUAUAUCUACUUAUAAAUGGUAAAUCAAGUAUUACAAGCCUUAUUAGAGGUGGAAAUGUAACACCAGCCGGUAUAUCAUCUUUAGCGUUAUUUAGUACAGUUAUUUAUGGUCAAAGUAUUAUUUCUUCUUGGAGAGGAUUGAAAAAUGAAUCCAGAUUUUAUGAUUAGUCUAUAUGGUUUAAAUUGAUUUUAGUACCUUCAUGAAUGCAUU